UGCUUUCUGCGUUUCAGUUCUUUCUGGCUGCGGAAUGCGCAGCCCCCGCAGCCGUGUGUGUGUGUGUUGUCCACAAAUGUGUAGCCCGAGUAGCCGUGUCAGUCUUCGCACUGCGAGGUGGCCGUGGCUGAGCCGCCUCCCCUCCGGGCUCUGCUUUCUCCGCAGCGGGGGGCUCAGCAACCUCCUGUACAGGUGCACGCUGCCCGACCACGUGGCCGUCGCGGAGAACGAACCGCGCCAGGUCCUGCUGCGCAUCUACGGAGUCAUCCUUCAGGGUGUCGACUCACUGGUCCUCGAGAGCGUCAUGUUCGCCAUCCUGGCUGAGCGGGCGCUGGGGCCACGGCUCUACGGCAUCUUUCCUCAGGGUCGCCUGGAGGAGUACAUCCCGAGCCGCCGCCUGCUCACGGAGGACCUGCCGGAGCCCAGCAUAUCGCGGGAGAUCGCCUCCAAGAUGGCUCGCUUCCACGGCAUGGUGAUGCCCUUCAACAAGGAGCCCAAGUGGCUGUUUGGGACGAUGGAGAGGUACCUGAAGCAGAUCUCCGAGCUCACCUUCCCGCAGGAGGCCCAGCUGCAGAAGCUCCGUAAACUCAAGGCAUACAACCUGGAGGCAGAGAUGCGCAGCCUCAGGGCUCUGCUCGAAGCCACUCCGUCCCCUGUGGUCUUUUGCCACAACGACGUGCAAGAAGGGAACAUCCUGCUCCUGGCCGGGCGCGGGGCCGCGCCCACCGACCGCCUCAUGCUGAUCGACUUCGAGUACAGCAGCUAUAACUACCGGGGCUUCGACAUCGCCAACCACUUCUGCGAGUGGGUGUACGACUACAGCCACGGCCAGUGGCCCUUCUACAGGUCCCGCCCGGAAAACUACCCCAGCCACGGCCAGCAGCUGCAUUUUAUCCGGAGCUACCUGGAGGAAGCAGGUGGGGGUGACGCCCCUGCCUCCCCCGAAGAGCAGGAACGGAUCGAGGCCGCGAUGCUCCUGGAGAUCAGCCGGUUCACCAUGGCCUCCCACUUCUUCUGGGGCUUGUGGUCCAUCUUGCAGGCCAAGAUCUCCACCAUUGAGUUUGGCUACCUGGAGUACGCACAGUGCCGCCUCGAGGCCUACUUCCAGCAGAAGGCGCUGUGCGAGUGAGCGGGGCCGGCCGGCCUCCGGAGGACGAGGCCCUUGGCGGACGUCAGCUGGACCACGCUCCCCGAGGACGGCGGGACUGGCCGGCCCAGCCCCGUUCCGAAGCAGCGCUUGCCUUCGGCGGCUGGCUGGAUGAGGCCGGGGCCACGGAAGCGGGAAGGAUGCUGGUGCAUUUCCGCCUCGGCGUUUGACGGAGGACGGGGUGGUGACAGGUGGCUCGCAGGGGACAGGAGGUCUCUGCCCUUCGGGGCUGGACAGAGGGACUGCCCCGGCCACCUCCGCCGGCCUGCUGCCCCCGCCUGCCGCCUCGCCACGUGCCCACACAUUCCUUCCCCGGCUGACGGGAGAUGUGCCCACAUUCCACCCUUCCCUGCGCGCCCCGAAGCGCCGCCCUGUCCAGCCGCCUCCACCCCACCGCCUCCUGUGCCUGGUCUCGGCUGGCGCGCCUGACGUGACGCCCUCGGGCGGCAGCCUGGGAAAGGGAGUGGCACGCCGUCGUCUGGAGCCAAGGGCUGCGGCGCGAGAGCCGGCCCGGCCCGGCCCGGGAGCAUUCCCUCACCGUCGCGUGUGCCGCUUGCCGUGGCCUGGCCGCGGCGUUCCUUGCCCCAGCGUAUGGCCCUGGAGGGACGCGUGGGGGCCGGGCCGGGCCAGCCGACACUUGGGAGCAGCCGAGCGGAGCUUGGGGGCCCACUGGGCAUGGGAAGGCCCCACGCCGCCCUUUCCUGCCCGUGGAGGGUGCCACCCCACAGCUGGUGCAGCCCGGCAGGCUCCGGAUAGCGUGGUGAGGCAGAGGAAGAGGCCGGUAGCUGGCUGUCGAGCGGCUCCUGUGGGGCCCUCCUGCCCUGGGCAGUGCCCGGGCCGCCUGGCACCACGCGCGUGGGCCCCGGACCAAGGGCUGGCCCACAUCCUGUGUCCUCCUGUCGUGGGGAGGGAGAGGGGCAGCGCGCCCGGAGCAUUCGCACCAUUCCUGGGGAAGAGGCGGGCUUGCGCGCUGGGUUGUGCGGAAGGAAGCCGCCUGAGCCGGCUCGCUUUGCCAGGCCGAGUCUGUCCAGCAGGGGGCCGGCAAUCCGGGGGGCGGCUCUGCCCCGGAACCACUUGCAGUGCCUGCCCGCCCUCUGUCCUCGGGCCACUUUUUCUACCGUUCCUGAUCAAUAAUGGGAUAUAAACUUUCUAGCCCCAAUAAACACCCGGCCCUCUGGGCCACCAGACGC